CCAUCGCACCUUGCUUACGCUGUAUUUCUUUAAAAACAAUGGAAAGAGAGAGAAGGAGAGAGGAAUCAAAGGAGGAAACCCCCAAUCAUUUCAGAUUUGGGGGCUUCUACCAUCUCCUUGGCGAGUUUUUUAAUGUCAAGAGACAAAAACACGAAUACCUUGCUCUCUCCAUAAAAAAUGCCCGCUUUCUCUCCACUGAUAACUUAAAGGACCAAUCGGAGUCAUGUCUCUGGUAGGGUUUCUCCAUCCAUUGACGACUCCCUCGUUUUUGUCAUCUGGGUCCUCUUUACUGAGGCCCAAAAGGCCCUUUCUUAGCCAAGCACCAUGUCUCAAAUUCAGUUGCAGAGGCUCCAUGACUGCAACAGUCGGGAGCUUUGGGUUUCAGAGCCUCACUGAAACCUUCACAGUCGAUGUUUCUCGAGCAGAAGGGAGGCCAUUAAACGUUCCACUCGUCGCCCCUUUCACCAUAGCUUCGUCGAGGCUUGAUGUUGUCAAGAACGUUGCAAUUCGUGUCGAAUUGAGCAAUGGAAGUGUCGGUUGGGGUGAGUCCCCAAUUCUUCCGUUUGUCACUGCAGAAGACCAGGCUUCUGCUUUGGAGAAAGCGAUGGAUGUUUGCUCUUUUAUAAAGAGGAGCAAACCCAAGGCACUUAAAUUGCUUCUCGAAGAGAUUGUGGAGAUAGUUCCCGGUCAUGCCUUUGCCUCUGUGAGGGCUGGAGUGGAGAUGGCUUUGAUCGAUGCAGUUGCCAACAGCAUUCGCGUACCUCUCUGGAGGUUGUUUGGUGGGGUGUCUAAAUCCAUAACUACUGACAUUACAAUUCCAAUUUUACCGCCACUAGAAGCUGCAAAGCUUGCAGAAAAGUAUUUCCAUCAAGGUUUCAAGACUCUAAAACUUAAAGUAGGGAAAAAUUUGAAUGCCGAUAUAGAAGUUCUUGGAGCCAUUAAGGCUGCUCAUCCAAAAUGUUCAUUUAUAUUAGAUGCAAAUGAAGGAUACACUGCUGCCGAAGCUAUUGAAGUUCUGAAGGUACUACAUGAAAUGGGGUUGAGUCCUAUUCUCUUUGAACAACCAGUUCAUAGAGACAACUGGGAUGGUCUUCGUGAAGUUAGUCAGGUGGCUAGGGAUAUAUAUGGGGUAUCUGUUGCGGCUGAUGAAAGUUGUCGGGGACUAUUUGAUGUUCAAAGAAUUAUACAUGGCAAGCUUGCUGAUGUUAUCAACAUUAAACUGGCCAAAGUUGGAGUCUUGGGGGCUCUUGAGAUUAUUGAAAUUGCAAGAAAAGCCGGUCUUGAUUUGAUGAUUGGUGGCAUGGUGGAGACAAGAUUGGCAAUGGGCUUUGCUGGUCAUCUGGCUGCUGGUCUUGGCUGUUUCAAAUUCAUUGAUCUGGACACACCCCUUCUCCUUUCAGAGGACCCAGUUAUAGGUGGUUAUGAGGUUUCUGGAGCUGUUUAUGUGUUCAACAAUGCUAGAGGCCAGGGUGGAUUUCUUAAUUGGAACUGCAAUGAGUGAUGGCUAUGGACGUUUCAUGGAGGCAUACAUGGAGGACGUCCAACGAUUACGUAGAUCAGUUGGCGAAAGAGGGAGCUAGAAGUCAAAGUCAAGAUACUCACGCCGGGUCCACCUUCUUUUUUUCACGGGACCAUUGGCACACAUCUUAAAUCUCCCUACUCAUGCUUGUGUUUUUAUUUUCUUGAUAGCUCUUUGUAAAUCUUUGUAUGUGGGCACCUGUAUAAGCCCCUUUUGAAUAUGAUAGCCUGAAUUUUUUUUUUGGCCGAGUCCCCAGUUGUGGGUGACUUCGGAACACCCUUACUAUGUAAAUUUUAAACUUUAUAAUACAAGUUAACUUCAUAAAAAAAAAA